GCUAAAAACUUUGACAUUUUUUAGGAAAAUUACCUUAGAUAUCAUUUUUGGUAGGUUGCAUUUAUGUUUAAAUUACAUUUAUAAAAUCUUAAAAUUAGUACUUUUAUUUUACAUGUCAGCUUGGUGUGCAUAUGUUGAUUAAAACAAUUCAACAUAUUUAGUAGCGUAUAGGAGUCUAAGAAAUCCGAACACUCUCUCUCCAUUGAUAUAUAACUGGAAAACAGUUAAAAAUUAAUUAUAUUCAAAGCGGUUCUCAAAAAUUUCAUUUUUCAAAAAUUUCUUUGGUUCUAGAAAGUUCAAUCCUUUUUCAAUUAUUUUUUCAUGCUUUUUUAAUUUAUUUUUUUUAACCAAUUAUAUUUUAUUUUUUGGACAUAUGCGGAUUAAAAUAUUUAAUAUAACCUAAUUUGUUGGGUACGCUAUUCACAAUAAGACAUAUUUUGUCCGACCCGCUGCUGUUCUGACCUUAAAUACACUCUUUUGUAUUUCUGCAUACUGUUUCAUCUCUAUGUUAAAUUAACAUCCAGAGAAAUUCUUAUUUUAUAAAUAAAUUAUUAAUGUUAUAAUAAUAAUAAAGUAUAAUUGUAUAAAAAAAAUUAAAUGAAGAGGAGAAAGUGACUUGAACUUUUCCAAAAUAAUAACGCUUAUAAAUAUAGUUUUAAUAUAGAUAUUAAGUUUAUUUUUAUUUUUAUUCCUUAAAACCUUAAUUUUAAUUCUUUACAACCCAAGUCUUAAGAGUAACUAUAGAAUAAAUAUGACAUUUUUGAUAUCAACGUUGUUAAUUAUCAGCGAUUUUCGAUGAUAUCUAAAAUGUAGCCCUAGAUAAUCGAAAAAUCAACCAACGUUUAAAUCUAAUUGUCUAUUAUUUCUUUAUUUUAAAAGUUAUUCAACUGUUUAAUCUCAAUAAUAAUAUUAUAUUUGUAAUAUUAUGCUUACGUCAUGUUUUUGUGUUAACUUAUGAGCCAAGUGAAUAGUGUUUUAUUUUUAUUUAAACAUCGAUGUUUAAAAAAUAGUAUCGAAACGUUAUCACUCGAUUUUCAACAUGUUUAUCGAUUAUACUGGAAAAAUGCACAAUGUUUGAUAUACAAACAGAGUAUCGCGUAGAAAUCAAUACUGCCCACUAACUCGCAACGAGGUGUUCAGAUUGAAGGCGUUGCAUCAUUACUUUCUUGGACGUGUAACUUAAAUAUUUAUACUAGAAAGAUUAAACAUAUUUCUUAAUAAGUGUUCUGAACUGUUCGAAACAAAAAUAUGUUUGUUUGAAUAAGAACGGAAAGGAGAUCAGGUGCUUACAAUGUCUUCCAAACAAGCACCAUCUAUUAUUGGAAAAAUCUUCAGAGCUUAUGAAAAACAAAAUAAUAAUAAUUACUGUGUCAUACUAGAAAAUCGUUAUCAGGAUGAAGUAUUGAUAUUUGAGAACAAUACUCUAUGUGUAGCAUCUGCCAGUGAAUUUGAAUCCUUAAAACGGCAAUGUGUCAAAAUAAUUGAUGCCUAUGGCUGUCUAGGUGUUCUUAAUGUAAAUAUUGAAAAUAAAUUGGUUCUAUAUUUAGUACUAGUGACCGGGUGCCAAUCUGUUGGAAAAAUAUCAGAUGCAGAAAUUUUCAAAAUUACUCAAACUACAUUUGUGUCAUUGCGCAAACAACAAAAUGAAGAUUGUGCUUCUGAAGUUAGAAAACUACUUAAUAGUGGAAGUUUUUAUUUUUCAAGGUAUGUGUCCCAAGAAGUUCGUUUUGAUUUAACAUUGUGUGCUCAAAGACAGUGGAAUAACUGUGAUCCUGAUCAACGAUUUUUUUGGAAUCGUAAUUUGCAUAUAUAUUUUAUUCGUUUUGGAAUUGAUACUAAUCAGUGGUUAAUGAAGAUUGUUUGUGGUAGUAUUGAAGUGAAAACUGUUUAUGCACGUCAUAAGCAGGCGAGAAUUGCUAUAAUAUCAAGACUAAGUUGUAGACGUGCUGGUACAAGGUUCAAUGUCCGUGGUUGUAAUGAUGAUGGUCAUGUUGCAAAUUUUGUAGAAACUGAACAAGUUAUUUAUUUAGAUGAUGAUGUUACUUCAUUUGUGCAAAUAAGAGGAAGUGUACCAUUAUUUUGGGAACAACCUGGUGUGAAUGUUGGUGCACAUAAAGUAAAAUUAUCAAGAAGUGUAGAAGCUUCUGCUGAAGUUUAUGAAAAACAUGUCAAGUCUCUUAAAGAUUGUUAUGGUAAUAUAAUUUUUAUUAAUUUAUUAGGAACAGCUAACGCUAACAGCAAAGAAAAUGAAUCAUCUUUAAGUUAUGCUUUUGAACAAAAACAUUCAACUUCGACAUUUUCUUUUAUACCUUUUGUUGCAUUUGAUUACCAUCAAGAAGUUAAAAGUGGAGGUGAUAAAAAUUUACAAAAAUUAAAAAAUACAGUUUAUCCUUAUUUAGAUUCAUUUGGCGUGUUUUAUGCGAAAGGUAAUUCAAUAAUAAAACAUCAAACUGGUUCAAUGAGAAUAAAUUGUACUGAUUGUCUUGAUCGCACUAAUUGUAUCCAAAAAUUUUUCGCUCUUGAAGUAUUAGCCAAACAAUUGAGCUUUCUUUGUCCUAAUGAAACCGAUCAAAUUAUAUCUAGAUUUGAAGAAGUUUUUCAACAACUUUGGAUUAAUAAUGGCAAUGAAAUAAGUAGAAUUUAUGCUGGUACUGGGGCCAUUCAAGGAGGCUCUAAAUUACUUGAUGGUGCUCGUUCUGCAGCUAGAACCAUUCAAAAUAAUUUAUUGGACUCUAGUAAACAAGAAGGUUUUGACAUUUUGUUAUCUGGAAAUGCAUUAAACAAUGAACUCUCUAUGAUAGCAAAAAAAUUGUUACCUUAUAAUGUUUGGCAAUGUCAUCCAGAUCUUAUUGAAGAAAUGUGCAAAAAGUAUGAAUCUUAUACUUUUAAAAGAAAAUUGCGUGUAGCUGUUGCUACUUAUAAUGUUAAUGGUGGUAAACAUUUUUUGAACUUUGAUUCUGAAAAUUUAGAAUCUUUAUCAAAAUGGCUAAUAGAACCAUUCAAUAUUAAUUUAUUUAAUUCUUCAAUAGAAUUCUUUAUAAAUGACAGUAAUUUUCUUCCAGAUAUAUAUGCUAUAGGCUUUGAAGAAAUUGUAGAUUUAAAUGCGGGUAAUAUUAUGGCAGCCAGUUCAGACAACGCAGACUCAUGGAACAAAAAUCUUAAAAAUGUAUUGUGUUCCCAAAGAGAUUAUGUGCUGUUAACUAGUACUCAACUCGUAGGAGUUUGUUUAUUUAUAUUUUUAAAAUCAGAACUCUUACCAUUUGUUAGAGAUGUUACAACAGAUUCUGUAAAAACAGGUAUGGGAGGUGCAACAGGUAAUAAAGGUGCUGUGAUGGUACGUUUUACUUUAAAUGCCACAACAAUGUGCUUUAUAUGCUCUCAUUUUGCUGCUGGUCAAUCACAAAUUGCAGAUCGUAAUGCAGAUUUCAAUGAAAUUACAAGAAAAUUAAAAAUUCCUAUUCAAUCAAAUGACUAUGUUUACUGGUCUGGAGAUUUCAACUACCGUGUUGAUAUGGAUCGUUUAGAUCUUAUUAACCAUGUUUUUGAUGGAGAAUUAGAUGAAAUAUUAAAAUAUGAUCAACUUUUGGCACAAGUAAGAGACAAAAAAGUAUUUGAAGGAUUUUUAGAAGCUCCUAUUACUUUUUCUCCUACCUAUAAGUAUGAUAUUUUGACUGAUGAUUAUGAUUCAAGUGAUAAAUGCCGUACACCAGCUUGGACUGAUAGAGUUUUAUGGUAUUGUAAUGAAAAUAAUAAAUGGCCUAAAGGAAAUCAAGUUCUCUAUGGACGUGCUGAAAUUAAAGAAAGUGAUCAUAGACCUGUCAUAGCAAGUUAUGAAAUUGACAUUUUAUGUGUUGACAGUAAUCAAUGUGAACAAGUUCUUAGUUCAGUAUGGAAUGAUUAUGGACCAAUUGAUGGAGUUAUUAAUGUCCAUGUACAAAAUAUGGAUUUUCCUAAUGAUGAUGAAAAUUUUAAAAUUAUUAUGCUACAAGGUUUGGGUUCAUUUGGUAAGAUUCUGAAUGUUCGAUAUUUUACUGACCGAGCUGAAAUAACUUAUGAAAAUGGUCGAUUUGCUUCUAAUGCAUUAAAAAUUAAACAAAUAUCUAUCAAUAACUAUACUCUUAUUUUAACACCAAAGAAUUCAAAUUGGUUAAAAACCAUAAAAAGUGAAAUUGAAACAAUUACAAAUCGCAACAUUCCAUUAUGGAUUGACAAAUUAAGAACAGCUCCAUCUCGUCCACCAUUACCUGCCAGGUCUGAUCAAGGAAUUGAUGGAAUGCCUAAUUAUCCACCACCUUUAAAUGUUCCUUUACCACCAUUACCUCCUAGACAAAGAUUGCCACCUCCUCUUCCUCCCAGAAAUAUUUAAUACGGUAUUUUAUAAAAUUAAAAAUGUUGUUAUUUCUACUUAGUAAAAUUAGUUAAUUAUAAUUUUUAAAUAUAAUAAUUAUGUAUUCAUUAGUAAUGUAUACAUAUUAGCCUGUUAUUGUUAAGUUACCUUAUUUUGUAAAAUUUUAAUUGGACUGUUAAAAAAAUGUAUACAUUUUAUAAUUAGUGUAUUUAUAUUUUGAUUUUUUUUUAAAUGUCAAGUCAAUUUAGCAAUAAGUCUACCAGUCUUCUUAUUAUUUUAUUGUUAUUUAAUAC